AUGCCCCAUGCCCCACAUCCGUCCUCCAUGCAUAGCGCCAUGCCAGGCAAUCCAACUUCUCAUGCAGCAGCCAUGCCAGGCCAUGCAACAGCACAUGGGGAUGCAGAAGCAGGGAAGGAGAGGGGCGAUGAGGGGGAUGCGUGGGACGGGUGGGCGGAAGGGAGUGAUGAUGGUGCUGCUGGUGACUUGGACGACCCUCAGCUGGAGCUGUAUCGAAGGGAAGUGAGCCAUUUCAGGCAGCAGAAAGCUGAGUUGGCUCGGAUGAGGGAGCAGCUAUCAGAGAGCGAGCUAAGGCAACACGUGAUGUCAGCAUGCCCCUUGUCUUCACCACAGCCGCAGCCGAAUCAGGCUACUGAGAACCUGUUCGCUGUAUAUGCCAACAAGGCAGGGGGGUCGCCAGUGGACUUAGCCAGUCAUCUCUGGUACCCAUGUGUCCACCUUUCCCUCCCCCUCUUCUCUCUUCUCUUGCAUCCCUGCCAGGGUGACAAGCUGGAAAAGCUGUUCACUGCAUAUGCCAACAAGGUGGGGGGUUUGCCAGUGGGCUCGCUUAAGUUUGUCUUCGAUGGCGAUGCGCUAAGGAGUGAUUCGACACCAGCAGACCUGGACCUAGAGGAUGAAGACCAGAUUGAAGCCAUAAAGAAAUAA